AUGAGACGUCGACAAGUUGGCAUGGGGUUCGCCAUGAACCGUAACAAGCUUGAGCGUGAUUACCAGCAGGUUGGCGACGGUAUUGCUGCCAAGGAGCUUGAACAGCUAGAGAAGCAAAUGGAAGUAUUCAAGACCAACCUGGAAGAGUUUGCUCGAAAGCACAAAAAGGAUAUCCGCAAGGACCCAAAGUUUCGUGCUCAUUUUCAGCGCAUGUGCAAUAAUAUUGGUGUCGAUCCCUUGGCAUCCAACAAGGGUUUCUGGGCCGAUUUGUUGGGCGUGGGCGACUUUUAUUACGAGCUGGGAAUCCAAAUCAUUGAAUGCUGCAUAGCAACGCGUACACGUGAUGGGGGUCUAACGGACAUGAAUGACUUGCGACAACGCGUGGAACGUAUUCGAACGAAUAGUAAAGGCAAGAAGCAGCAGGAAAUUUCAGAGGAUGACAUUGUACGAGCCAUUCGCACACUAAAACCCUUGAGUGGUGGUUUCGAAGUAUUACACAUUGGUUCGCAUAAAAUGGUCCGGUCGGUACCCAAGGAAUUGGACAAAGAUCAAUCGGCUCUGUUAUUGCUUGCACAGAAAACAUGCUACGUGAGUGCACCCAUGAUACAAUCAGAGUUGGGAUGGAAUGAUACAAGAAUAAGUAAUGCUUUGGAGCACUUGUUACAAGAUGGAUUAUGUUGGAUUGAUAAGCAGGAUGAAUCAACAUUUACAUAUUGGAUACCUAGUUACUUUCAUUUGGACACAAACAAUGAUUAA